GGAGGCGACAUUAAGAGUGUGACACGAGACACGUUUAAUGGCUUCAAUUUCAGCAAUUAGCGCUUGUUGAAAAGUUUAUAAUGCAUAAAUAUAUCAGUAAACUUUAACCGAUUAUAGCGCUUACAUACUUCUACAAAAAAACGCAUUCAUGUGAACAUGCAUAGGUUCCGGUGGCCAAGUUAUGGGACGCAGCUUCUUGGUGAGCUGCAGAGACAACAAAACAGCGCCCAGUUCUGUGAUACCCUGCUGCAAACUGAGGGUAUCUCAGUCCCGACACACAGCUGUGUCCUUGCAGCCCUGAGCCCUUAUUUAUCUCAGAAGCUGUCAGUCUCUCCAUCUCCUCCAUGCGGACACAAACGCCAGCUCCAGCUCCGGACCGUGAAUGCCCAGACCUUGCUGAAGCUGGUCGGCCUGCUGUACUCCGGGGAGCUGGUGGUAAAAGGAAGCAACGAGCAGGUGGAGGUGCUGGCCGCUGCGCACCAGUUUGGAAUCACAGACCUCGUAGAGGGACAGAAUGAGGAAGAGCUCCAGGUGAAGUUGGUUGAAAGUCUCAGGGACAGGUUUGAAAGCCUUAAAAUGCACGACGCGCAAGUUCAGGUCAACAUGGCUGAAAGAGACGAUAGAAAUUCUGCCGUCAAGAAGAAAAGUGUUGCAUCUGUAGGCACGCAGACAGCUUGUCAAAAGUCAGUGGGCUGUUCUGUUUGUGAUUCUGGUCAAAACAAACGUCCAAAUCCGGAGGCUGCAUCUCAGAGUUUGGAUUUGUCAAUCUCUUUGCAACCUCAAAACAUCACAUUCGAGCAGCAGCUUACCUUCACCACUUGCCCAAAUAUUUCCAGAGAUGCAAAGUUCACAUUAAUGAAUCCCACAUCGACCUCAGCUCUGCCCAGUGACACGGAGACUUUACCCGCUUCCUUUACUGAUGAUUCGCAGAGAGCUCAGGAAGACGCCACGUGCCAGGAGUCCUCCGAGUCUGGAGUGGACACGCAGGUGUUGGCCAAGGGAGGGAGAUGGUCAGAGGAUGGAAGAACAAACGGCAAGACCCCGGACAAUGAAGGAAACGCAGAGCAGCCGAGUCUGGUCAACAGAGACGGGAUAUUAAGAGAGGACAACUAUGUAGAGAAGAGGCGCGCGCAUACAGUGGGGAAGAGCGUGGACAGGAUGAAACAGAUGAUGGAGACAGCACAGAUUUCCAUCAAGGUGAAGCUGAGGAGGAGGACUACCGGGGAAGUGUGGGAGGUGGUGAACAUGCAAGAACAGGAUGAGACGUCAACUGUGAAACAGAAACCAGAGAUCCAACACCAUCGGGCUGCUACCGCCGCCUUCCCCGGACAACUAAACCACCUAAACACCACCUCCGACUCGCUGUCAUCCUCCAGCGGCUCCUUCACCUCAAACCAAAGCAGUGAUCUAAGCGAGUCCGCGCCUCAGCUUCAGCUUCAGGGCUCUGUAGAGGAGUCUGAUGAGCAGAUCCAGAGGCUGUUGGAGGACAUCAUGAUGGGCCUGAACAUCCUGCCCAGCUUAGAGAGAGACGGUGAGAAGUCACAGCCGAGCAACGACGGAGCAGCUGACAUUUGCCGAAUCCCAGGUUCAGAGCCUCACCCCAACCAGAGCCGGCUGCGCACAGUGUGUGUGUUCUGCCAGGAUGUGGUGACACCAAGUGGCCACUCAACAAGAGAUGCAGGUACGCAUUGUUGUUUUGCAGUUCAGAACCAGCCCAGCUGCAUGAGCCUCUCGGCUGCACGGCCCGAUGCUUUGAUCCAGCAGCAGCGCUCUCCUUGGUAUGACUCAUCCGUCAAUUCGUUGGGGCAAAGCGAUGAAAUGAGCUGCAGAAGUGAGCUGCUGUGCACAAGUCAAGAUGCUCUACAUCCUGAAACAUCCACGACACGAUCAGCCGUGUCGUCGGCUGUCUGCUCCAGCGGACAGGAGCUACACCGCACAGCGAUUCAGCAGUCGCCAUCACAAGGAAACGAGCAUGUUCUUGAGUUUUUACCUCAGUCUCACAGAAGCGAGGCACAGUCUUUCUGCGAACCUUUCAUAGAUGAUAUGCGACUUCCCCGGUGUCUGUCUCCGUUACAGUCGUGUACCUCCACAAGGAAACAUCAGCCUCCCCUCAACACCUCAGCGAACCCUGGCAAAGACAUCCAGCAGCAGCAGCAGCAGCAGCAGCUGCUAGAUGGACGUCCCUGGCUCACAGAAAACCCUGGGAUGCUGCAGUUUCCACUCAGCACCAUAAGUUACAAAGAAAAGAAAGCUGAGUCUCAACCACAGGAGUUGAAUGCAACAAAUGGGACGACCUGUGAAGAAAUGGUGAAUAGUGUUAGAGAGAUGAAAACAAAUUCAGCAGCCAAGCUGAGAUCUGACCCAGAGAUGAUGAAGGAAAGUUUAAAACAUAAACACGAUGAUGCUAAAGGGGGCGCUGUAGCUCUUAGAGGGAUGAAGAGAAAGCGCGCAAAUAUUCCACAGGACGCCGACGGUUCUUUUUUGACAUACAAACAUUCCAAAGUCAGUGAUGGAGCGAAGGACUCUUAUUCAGCGAGAUUGUUGAGCGACUCUCCAGACGUGCCGUGCAGAUUGUCGAGCAACACGCAAGGCGUGAAAAGGAGAAACAGACGCUCUUGGAAUCCCACUGCUGAUCAGACUCGGAUCAGGACCAGAGGCUUUGUGAAAAAAUGUGAAGAGGCAGUGGAGAACAAGAUUCCCGCUAGUUUUUCAGUCGCAAAACCUGCAGUCUGCAGAGCCACGCUUGUGAAUGAGCAAGGAGCACCGCCUCCGAGAAGGAAACCCGGAAGGCCGCGGAAAACCAAGCCUGAAGAGAAGCCUGCAGAUGGUGUUCCUGCCAUCAUGGAAAACAAAAGUGUGAAAAGGGAGUUGCAAAAUGAGGAGGAGGUGAAUGUGAGAACAAAGAGAAGGUGCAGAAAACUGAGGAGAAAUCAGAGUGAAGUGAAGAUGAAUCCACUGAAGGAUGCUGUAGGUGCCGAGUGCACUGGCAAGGCUGAGGAAGACGGUAGUAAUCACAUCAGAAAGCUCGGCACACCAACCCCACGACGGAUGGUCUCUCUGAAGGAGUUUCAGAAACUUAUCAAACAGCAGCACUUAAAAAUUAGGAAGUACAUAGAAAGCAAAGAAAGAAGUGAACCUGGAGGAGGUGAAGAAAGUGAAGCUGCCAAGAAAACAUCUGCUGAAGAGGCAAAGAGCAGAGAGACGGAAAAAGAUAAAAACAACAAUGAGAUGUGCAACGUAUCGUCAGGUCACGAGAGCAAAACACACGGAGGUGAUACAAACAGGGCUGCUAAUGAGGUGACUAGUUUACUCAUUAGUGAAGACCGUCCUGCGUCUUCUUGUGAUGCCCUGGGUAAAGGGAUGGUCAAGCCUCCAGUGGAGGAGAGGGAGUCUCUGAAGAAUCCUAAUGAAGGAUUCUGGUGUGGAGGAUCAGUUUCAGUGUCUGCCGUCAGCAGCGAUUCCUCUCAUAGUGACACCCACCUGUUCCAGGAAAACAGGACGACUUCAGACCAAAACCUGAACCCACAGAGCUCUGAGAAAACAGAUCUACUUUUGUCAGAAGCUGAUGGAAUCAGCAAGACCUCGGGCUGCGGCCAAGGACAGGAGGAAGAAGAGGAAGAGGAGGUGGAUGUUCUGCUGUACUCCCCUGACAAAGUGCCUCUGACUACAGAGUGUGAGGAGAGUGUGAUCAUGGAUGUAACUCCAGAGGAAGAGGAGGAGGAGGAAGACGUGGACGUGAUUGAUGUGACUGAGGAUGAUGCAGAGUAAACGUAGUGUUGCUUUCUUAGCACGUUGUUAUUUUUGGUCUGAUGUUGUUCUGGUUUUAAUUUUGUUUAAAGAUAUGCCAGAUCAAUUUAGCUGUCUCUGAUGUUUUCACCGUCAGUCACUUUCAGGCAAAUGUCAAUGUGCAAGAGUCGCUACCAUUCAUUUGGUUGAGUUUAUUAGGGUCACGUUGAAGUUUAAUUUGCAUUAACUUUGUACUGUUGAAAAUGGUUCUUAAUGUUAUACAUGUUUAACGUUUUAUUUGUCAAUAAUUUUAUACAAUGUACAGAAUCAGUGA